CGAGGCCAACCGCGUCCCGCGUCGCCGGGAGCGUUCUCCAUGAUGGACGCCGCCUGAGGAGGAAGCGUUAAUCGGUUCCUCGAGGGAUCCGGAGUCCUCGGUUACCAUGGGCGACGAGGACGCGUUCCCGGUCUCCCCGGACGGCGACGCGACCUGCAGGAUGGACCCCGAAGAGCUCGCGCGGGAGACUUCGAUGCCCGCACCGGCCGGCGCGCCCGUUUCCGCUGGAUCCGCUCCAACGGCCGAUCCCGAUUCCCCUGACCCUCCCACCACCACCAUCGGCACCAUCGCCCUGCAGAGCGGCGACACCAGGAUCGUCAUCGCGCUCCUUCGAAGCGGGGAAUGUCUUCGCCUGGAGGUCCUGGAGGCUCGUCCAGGACUGGCGGAACUGGGAGCAGAUGCGAGAGAUGCUGCGGAGCUUGCCGAGGCCCACGACCAAGUCCUUGUUCAGCUGCAAAGCAAGCAAAGUCCUGUGGAGGAGCUACUCCGUCAGGCCGAUCAAUUGAUAUCCACCCAGAAGCCCAGAGCUGAGGUCUACAAGGCGAUGGCGGAGACGCUGGGCCAAGCUUGGAGAGACAUCAAUGCUCUCCUCGAAAGGCGCAAACGCAUCCUCGAUGGGAAUCUCCUUUUCCGAUGCCGCGCCGAGGAGUGUAAAGAGAGCAUGAGGGCCUUGGAGUCGUCCUGCAACGACACUCUUCUGCCCAUCGAGAUCGAGGCCGUGAAGAAUUUCCUGGGCGAGCUGCACGACUCGAGGAAAGCCGUCUUGGAGUCCUUGAUGGCAGCUCUUCAGGAAGGCAGGGCUCUUCUCGAUCUUCUAGGAGAGGCCUCUUCAGAUGUGGCGGUCCUCGACUCCAGACCAGGAAGGAUCGAGCGCGAGGUCGAGCGCGCUAUAUUGCGAGUCGAAGAGUGGCUCGAGGAACUGCACGACAAGAGACGGCUGAUCGAGGUCUCCUACAGGAGCAGAAGAACGCAGUUGGAGCAAUGCCUAGCCCUGGCUCUUCUGGCGACUGAUCUCCGAGACCUCGAAGAAUCCCUGAACGACAGGAUCGCCGCUUUGACGAAUUCCGACAAUCGACUCGGAGAUUCCUCGGCGAGCGCCGAAUUACUCCUUUUUGAGAUGAAGAAGCUGCAGGCCGAGGCGAAGAUAUUCCAAGAGAGGUCCAUCAAGAUCACUCGAUCGACCGAGCAGUUGGUCUCCUCGGGUCACUUUGCCGGAGAACAGGCCACGGAACAGGCUUACGCCAUAUUGGGAGCAGCUGCGAAUUACUUAAAUGAUCUCGAACGAUACGAGUCGCUGCUAGAAGCUGCAAUUUCGUUCUUCAGGGCUGCCCAGUCCGCUUUGACGAAAUUGGACCAGCUGGAGGUCCAGUUGGCCACGAGUGAACAUCCGAUCCGAUCCAAUGCUCUUGCUCAGCUUCAUGCUCAAGCCCAGACGACUUUGGAGACUGUAACGAGCUCUCCUCUUGCCGAAGGAUAUGCUCUCUUGGAAGCUGCUGGAAGAGAGUCUCCAGGUGUAAAGGGUGUCAAGCGAAUCCUGGAGGAGCUGGAGACCCGGAAGUUGGACCUGUCGAAUCGCUGCACUGCCCACAGAGAAGAGAAUCUUGAAGCGACCAGAAGUUUGACGGCGUUCCUCGAGAAGUACAACGAAUUGUAUUCGUGGUUGGUCGGCAUAGCCGAGGCCUUUCUUCAGGGUCACCAGGACAUGGGGAGCUCCUCGUCCCUUGCCGAAAACUUCCACGUACUUCAUCGUCAUCUCCUGAACGAUCUGGUAUCCAAAAGCGAGCGCGGGAAGGAGGCCUUGGAUUCUCUUCCAUCAAUACUGGAAAUACUCGGGGAAGAAGAGCGUCGAGACGUGAACGAGAAGGUCGAAAAACUGUACGGAGACUUCUUAAGGCUGAAGGACUCGGUGGAGACGCGAGUUGAGCUGAGCAAGCUUUACAUCAACUUCCACAACAUGGCGAACGACAUGACCAGUGAUAUGAAGUCCCUCGAGUGGGAUUUGCAGGAGGAUCUCUCGGAGAACAUCUUCAUCGUGGAGGAGAUUUUUGAGACCUUUAAGAAGAGAUGGACCUCUCUUCAGACAUUCUUCGCGGAUCUUUCCGCGAGCGGUCGGAGGUUCGUCGAGGAGGUCGGCAAGGCCCGAACGGAUCCGUACUUCGAUACGAGGAGAGCCUGCCUCUGCGUGGAGGAGGUCCUGGAACGGCUCGCUGAGAGGAAAGCCAAUCUGGAUCAGUCCUGGGAGCGAUGGCGAACGAAUGUCCUUGGUCUGAAGGAUCGACAGUCUCGGUUCGAAAAAAUCGCUCGAGAAAGCGGCGAGCCGAUGCAGAGGGCGAGCAACAUCAAGGAAGGCUUUUACCCUUUGUUACUCAAGGAUUAUUCGAGUUCCUUGACAGAGAUCUCGACAACCACCAGGGAAACUCGAGACAGGACUCUCUCGAAGGUGGAGGAUGUCGUCGCAGAGUUGGAUUCGUUGCUUGAACAUGCGACUGCCUGCGUCCUUCGGAGGGAAGAUGAGCAGCUGAUCCAUGAAUUGUCCUGCACGAAAGAUGUCCUUCGAGCGACUUCAUCGAAUUAUCGAAACGUCGCCGACUCGAUAUUAACUGUCCUCGAGCAUCUCCGAGAGAUCGAAAGGAAGAUUCUCGUCUCAGAAUCGAGUCUAUCGACAGGUCGAGCAGAUCGAUCGGCUCGCGAAAUUCGGUCCAUGAUGAAGGAGCACGAAUCCAUGACGGAGUCGAUCACGAAUUGGCUCAAAGAGGUGAAAACCGAAAUCGACGUGGCCGUAAAUCAAAUAGAAAGACAAGAGCCCCCGAAAGCGGCGAGAAUCGAUGUCGAGGCCAUAAAAAGGAUUUACGAGGAGCGCGAGACCUCUUGGAGGACCGAAUUCUCAACUCGACAGCAUCGCCUUGAAGAAGAGCUCCGUUCCUGUCUCUUCGAUGAGGAUUUAAGUCGCAUCGAUUCAAGCGUAGAUCGACUGUCAGAAGAGUUGACGGGAUUAGGACAAGGAUCCUCUGCCAAGAGCCUGCCAGCUGCCAAAUCCACUUCGGAGUCCUUCAAUAGAUUCGAGAGGACCGUCACAAUCCUGGAAGAGAAGAUCGAGACCUUCAUCAGGACGACGGAGGAGACGAUAGUGACGACAGUGGUGUACGGUUCGGAGUCCCGAAUUCGGGAUGAGCUGGAGUCCUUGAGGGAGAAGUGGCGAGACCUGAAGGAGCGACUGGAGCUGGCCAAGAAGAGGGCGACGAAGAGCGUCCUUUACUUCCGACUUCUCGAGGAAGCCGAAGAGUGGUUCAGGGAAGGUAGCAAGCUUCUAGUGACGGUUGCGAGGAGGGCGACCACCGCCAAAAGUCCUGGAGAAGCGACAGACCUCCUGAAGAAGAUCGAGGCCUAUCUGUACCCUGGAGAACGCGACCAAGAAGAGAGGAUCAGGAAAAUCCGGGAGCUCUCCACGGAGACCUUCGGCACCGAAAGGCUUCAGCAAUUUAACGAGCUGAUCGCAGAGAAUAGAGAGAUGUUGGACUCGUUCGCGAUCGUGUCCUCCGAGUUGCGGACUUUGGCUGCGAAUUUAGACGACGCUGAGGAACUGAGGGAGAAAUUGAAGGCCGAGCGCGAAGAAGCGGAUGCCAAAUUGAAGGCUGUGAGACUUGCCGAGGAAGAGAGCGCCAGGAAGAUGGCCGAGAGCUUGGUCGAGAGAACCGUCGAAACCGCUGAAAUCGAAGCCACGAGACUCACCACGACCACGAUGGAAGUGGAAAAAAUUACCCAAGUCUUCUCGGACUCUUCGCCUAUCGUCCAGGAUUUCGAGAUACCGAAGAAAGGCGAGCCUGCGAGGUUUUCGAUACCCCUCGCCGACGCGGUGGUCGAGGAGGGUCAGAAGUUCGUCUUCGAGUGUCGUCUGGUCGGAGAUCCCCAACCGGAAGUCGUCUGGUACAAGGACGGAAUCUCUGUCCUGAACAAUCCUGAUUACAGGACUGACUGCAGAAACGAUGGGACUUGCAGUUUGACCAUCGAGGAGACCUUUGCCGAGGACUCUGCAAGAUUUAAAUGCCGAGCUGAGAACGCCUACGGCUGGGACGAGACGUCGGCGAUGCUCGCCGUGAAAGAAAUCGAACUGGAGGAGCAAGCAGUAGCGCCGUAUUUCUCGAAGGAGCUCUACCCAUCGUUCGCCAAGGAGGGGUCGAACCAUCGCCUGGAGUGCACCGUUAAAGGAUACCCUCUGCCCACGGCCCAGUGGUUCAAGAACGAAAUCAACGUGGACAAUUCCCCGGAUUACUCGAUCACGUAUAAUAACGGAGAGGCCAUCCUGGAGUUCGAUAAUCUGACCCUCGAAGACGAGGGGAGCUACACUUGCAAGGCCACCAACGCCCUCGGGUGGAUCUCGACCUCUGCACCUCUAACAGUGGAACCUUUGAAGAGGGCGGAGAAGCCUCAUUUCGUGCGACCUCUCUCGGGAACGGUGGUCGAGGUCGGGCAGCGGUUUUAUCUGGAGUGCGAGGCCAAGGGCGAGCCAUCUCCCGAGUUUUUCUGGUUCCGAGGAAUCGGAGAACCUCUCGAGGAAUCCGCCGACGUCAAGAUCCAGAUCGAAGGCGGAUGCUCGAGGGUCCUCUUCGAGGCUGUACGCCCUGAAGACGCAGGGGGGUACGAGGUGGUGGCGAGGAACUCGGCAGGGGAGGCUUCUUCGAGGUGCAAUCUGAUAGUCGAGGUGGCGGAGAUGCUGGAGGUCCGCCCGCCGGUGGUCCAGGUUCCUCUUCAGGAUCUGCAGGUCCUGGAAGGACGAACCGCCAGGCUGGACUGCGUCAUCGUCGGCCAACCCGAACCUGAGGUCAUCUGGUACCACGAUGGACACCCGGUUAAGGAGUCGGCCGACUUUCAGCUACUCUUCCAGGACGACAGGUGCUCCUUGAUCGUACAUGAAGCUUUCCUGGACGAUGCCGGGAUGUACAAGGUCGUGGCCGUGAAUUCUGCAGGAGAGGCCUCCAACGAGUGCGCUCUUUUCGUUCUCCCCCUCUCCGAGCUGGCCAGAACCGAGGAAUCCACCGGCGAAAUCUCAGCCAAGAUCGAGGAUACCCAAAUCCCGCCGUCCUUCGAGAAGAUCCUCGAGGAUUGCAUCGUUCCCGAGGGAUCUCCUGCGAGGUUCGAGUGCAUCGUCGUCGGCGAGCCCGAGCCUACGAUCAAGUGGCUGCUGAACGACCGUCCUGUCGAAGAGGUCGAGGUCGAGGUGACCGCAAACGGAGGUCGACAUGUCUUGUCACUAAAAUCCGCCGAAACGGGACACUCUGGUCAGAUAUCCUGCCUGGCAGAAAAUCCUGCAGGAAACGCGACGUGUCGCGCUGAUCUCCUAGUCGAACGCUCGAAGUCGCCGAGGGAAUUGCUGGGACCAGGUGAGCCGACGAAGGGUGUGGUGGAAGUCUUCAGCGACGGCGACGAGAUGCAGGCUUCCAGUUCGAGCGAGAAGCACUUCUCGUCCGAGACGACGCCCGGCGAUGGCGGCUCUCGGACGGUCCUGACCAAGAUGUCCUCGACCCUCACGCAAUCCUCGACCACGCAUACCUCCUUGAAGAAGGAAUACGUCUCCUCGACGAGCUCCUCCACCCUGGCUGGACCCGAUCAUCGACCAACCAGCGUCUGCGUCAAGGCCAUCUCCGAGAGCACCGAACGCUCCGUCGCGGAGAAUGGCGCUCCGCCUGUCCUCGAGGCUCAUAAAAUCGAGGAAUUCGAGAAAAUUGUGCAAGAUCAGCCAGGUUUGGCCACCCAGGAGAAGACCGUCGUCGAGUCGAGGAUCAUCCCCCAGGUUCAGAAGUCCGUCCGGAAGUCCACCGCCCCGAGGUUCGUCUCUCCCCUGACGGGGAUGAUCGUGGAUCAAGGCACCGACGUCAUCCUCGAAGGGAUAGUCGACGGUUACCCGCUGCCCACGAUUUCCUGGUCGAAGAAUGGACAGGAGUUGGUCGAGAAAGUUGGCGUCAAUGUCAGCUACUCUCACAACCACGUCAGGGUGGAGUUAAAGAAUGUCAACGUAAAAGAUGCCGGCCGAUAUACCUGCACUGCGACGAACGAAGUUGGCACAGCCAACAGUACAGCAGAUCUGGUUGUAAAAAAGACGAUCUUCCCACCGGUCUUCGGUCGGCGACUUCAGGCCCAGGUCGUCAAAAGUGGUGACAGGGUGAUCAUGGAAGUCGAGAUCACGGGCACCCCCGAACCUACCGUCUCCUGGUACAAGGACGACCUGCCCCUGAAGGAGCAACCUCCUCGAAUCAGGAUCAAGCAACAAGGGAACUGCUAUUUAUUAAUAAUCGAUAAAGCUUCUAACGAGGAUCGGGGCAAGUACAUGGUGAGAGCUACCAACGCAGGGGGUGAGGCCCAGAGCAUCGCAGAUUUCGCAGUCUUCGAGCCAACUCCGGACACGAUGGUGGAGGUCCACAAGACCGUCAUCUACGAGAACGCUACGAGGGAGAAGGAAAAUGCCCUGAACGAAGGGAAGAAGUUCGUGGCACCACCGACGAUCCCCAUAUCCGACCGCACGCAGACCACGACGAUUCGAACGAGCACGGUGCCGACGACGCCCCUGAAGAGCGUCUCCGAGACCCUGAAGAAAGACGCCGUGGAGACGAAGCUGCUCUCGGAAACGAUUUCCUCGACGGUGGAGUCGCACCGAAGCGAGAUCAAGUCCGAAGAGAAGUUCCACGUGAAACUGGAGCACAAGACCCCGGACAUCCUGGAACCUGACGAGAGGGCGACUCGUCUCUUGGAGGUCGAGAAGGAGAACGAGAACGUGGAGACCUCGCGAAUCGCGAGAAAGGACGCCCUGAGCUUCUUCGAGUCCAAGGUGAAGGAAGCCACCGAACUCCCUGUACUGCCCAGGGUGGAAACGACGAGUCUAGAGUCGACCCUGAAGACGAUCUCGAAAGCCAGCGCCCCCACGUAUGAGGUCAAGAUCGACAAGCUGACGAAGAGCUACGAGUCCUCUGGAAAGAUCGCAGAGCCGGAGAGACAGGAGCCAGCUCCGGUGUUCGACUUCCGGUCCAGCAAGAAGUCCGUCGGGGACCUUUUCAAGAAGUUCGAGCAAGGGUCGACCUCGGGGCGCGGGAUCGACAACAACCUCAUCGAGAUCCCUACGUACGAGGGGUACAAGCUACCGAGUUUCGCCUCGAGCUCGAAGAAGACCGUCGUGGAGGAGACUUCGAAUACCUCGAAGCUGCGCUCCGAGACCCAGGAGUCGGUGCUCGAAGGGUUCGACCUGGUCCCGGAGCCUCCCCCUGAGAUCGGGUAUAUGCCGAAGAUCGAGCCGGACAAAAAAAAACGGCCUGACAUCACCAUCAAGGCGAAGCAGCUGCAGGAGUCCCACAGGAAUCUGUCCCCAGUUGACGCCCCGGUGGGUGGCGUGAAGAUAUUCCCAUCACCGAUCCCGAAGCCAGCGCCGAAGACCCCAACGAUUCCGACCCCGACCCCGACCCCCACGUCAUUCUCGAUACCGCCGCCCUUCGAGCUGAGGAAGGAAGAAAAAGAGGUCUUGGAAGAGCGAUUCGUGAGGAGAGAGGUCCCGGAGAUCCCGAAGACCUCCACUCCCCUGGGACCAUCCCUUUUCGAGAGGACCCAUCAACAGUCGCAUCAACAUCAACAGGAAAGCGUUCACAGGGAUACCUCUCCUUCAGGGGUGGGACCUGCCACCAGCCUCUUCUCCCAGACCUACGAGUCCUCUUACGCCUCCGACCUGGAGACCAGGUCGCACGUCUCGACGGACCUCUCGGAGUACAGGUGUCACUCGGCAGCAUCUUCGAGUCACCUGGAGCGCCCGACCUCGCCGAAACCCUCCGCCGAUGGCCUCGCCAUGGAGAAGUCUUGGGCGAAGAAGUGCUCCGAGGCCAGCCGGAAGUCCUGGCCGCCGGCUCACCAGGAGGUGAAGACGUCCUCCAGGGAGGUCGUGAAGGAGGUGAACGUGCUGCCCAAGGGCAAGGUGACGAGCCAGGUGGAGACUUCGGGAGUCCACGAAGAGAGGUCCUGGAGCUCCAAGGCAGAGUCCAAGGAGACGGUGAUAGAGAGGAGCGAGGAGAAGAAACCGGCCCCCAGGCCCAUCAUCUACAACGCCGAGACCAUCAAGGUCGACCACACGGUGAACGCCAUCGAGGAGAAGUCCAUCAUCGAGAAGUACACGACCGAGUGCGACGUCAGGACGACGGAGACCACCGAAAAGACCCUAACGACGGAGGAGAUGGCGACCUCGGGGUUGACCGGGUCCUCGACGACCCUGGAGAAGCUGAAGGCGCCCUCCCUCGUGGCCGCCGCCGUUGCGGCUGCCGAAGAGGCGACCUCGAAGCCCCCUCCUUCCUCGGUACCGCUUCCGGAGCUCAUCCUGGAACCCGGACCACCCCCGGAAAUAGGCUUCGCCCCAGCCCCCGUAUCCAGGGAAAAGAAGCUGGAGACAGUGGAGAAGACCUUGGAGAUGUCCCUCGAGCACCAGCCGGCGAAGAUACCCCCAGGAGCCAUCAGGACCAUCCCUCCACCACCACCUGCCAUCCCCCCGAAGGACGUUCGCCCGAUUCCUCCACCUCUGCCCGCGACCUCAUCCAAGCACGUCUUCUCGGCGACGAGGUCAGCAGUCCUGGAAAGCGACUACGAGUCCGACCUCGAAGGCCUCUCGAAAUCAAAAUGGCGAGCCUAUGGCAGCGAUAACGACGAGCCAAGAUACCGAAGAGUCCAACCUCCAGCUCCGAUCUCGAAACUCGCGAGGCCGAGGUCGACGGAACCAGAACCUCUUCCACCUUCUAGUUUCGAGGCUCCGGGUAAACCUCAGUUCCGACCCGCUGCUCCGAAGCCGACCUCUCCACCGGCUCCUGUGUCCUUGCCGACCACGCCUGUGGCGACCUCUUGUAAGGUCGAUGCCAGGAAACAGACCAAGAGCUUCCAGCAGGAGAGCGGAUACAUGGCCGACACCGAUGAACCUCUUAGACAGAGACCCGCCCUCGCGGUCCAUAGGAGCUUCGCCAAGUACGAGGGAACCUCCUCGUCCUCGUCGAGGUCGGAGACGAGGACCUUCUCCGAGAGCACCGAACGGUACCAGGGCUCUUCAGGGUUCUCGACCUCUACGCUGCCGAGCAAGUUCGAGCCUCCCAAGGAAACGACGUACACAGGGGGCCACUCUCCGUACAGGCUGCAGUCGCAGCCGUUCUCGUACAAGCCGGAGGCGCCGAAGCCGACCCCGAAGAAGACGGUGCUGCCGCCGAGUCCGUCAAAGUUCGUGAAGGGGGAGUUCCGCGAGAGCGACUACGAGAGCGACUACGAGGGGAGGAUUCCGCCCCUCUGGAAGCCCCGGGGCUCGGACACGGAAGAGUACUCUUUCAAGCCGGUGAAGCCGACCUUCGUGGGCUCGGGGAAGCCGCGCCCCGGGUCGACGGAACCGGGGCCGGACCCGGUUCCCCCGACGCUCUUCGAGGAGCCGCCGAAGACUUCCGGUCCGUCGCGGCCGGGCUUCCGGCCCAUCGAGGCGGCGCGGCCGGUCGAGGACCGGAAGAGGGAGACCUCGCGCCAGGAUCGCCUUCGCCAGGACCAGGAAAGACAUCGCCAGGCCAAGUCGGUCCUGCUACCCGGGUCUCCGCCAGAAAUCGCGUACGCGCCUCCGCAUCGCCAGACCUCGACCGGGCCCCAGCCUCGACCCGGACUGCCCUUCCACAACGCCAUCGGCACCGAGACCAGGAACACCGUUAGGAUGGACGAGUCUACGGAGAACACCAGGAGGAUCGUUACCGUGGAGAGGACCAGCCGGGUCAUCAAGUUCGGGGAGAACAGGGCGAGCCAGGAGACGGGGACCUUCCCCAGGUCGAGGACGGAACAGGUGCCCACCCCGUCGAGGUUCCAGCAGGGUCGCUUCGGGGAGUCCGAGAGUGACGUUGAGAGCUCCAGGGUAGGCACAAGGUGGACCCCUGCCGAUAGCGAUGUCGAGGACCUGGAGUAUCGACGAGUGAGGGCUCCGGUCGCGACCUCGAAGAGCAAAGUGGAGGCGAAGGUCGAGAGCAAACUGGAGGAUCGGCUGGACCAUCAGCUGGAGCGCUCCGGCCUUGCCGAGGAGGAGUUCCUCCUGAAACCUGGCUCGCCCCCAGAGUAUGGGUUCGUGUCGAGGAGCGACAUCGACAGGGCGAACUACGUGGCUGCUGAGCACAUGAGCGACAUGACCAGCAGCUUCCGCUCCAAGACGGAGAAGUUCGCCAACGACAUCCGGUCGGAUCUGAAGCAGAAGCCGAUCUUGAAGCAGACCUUCGCGGACGGCGCCGCCACCGACGCCGAAGACGACCCCAGGACCUACAGGGAGGAGACCAGACAGGCUCAAUAUGGCACGAAGCACAUCGACCCCGACACCGGGCUGAUCUACUUCAAGUACGACUUCGGCUACGAAUUCGGCAUCGUGUUGCCCGGAGAGGGGAAGAAAAUCGGUGGUACCAGUGGCAUCAGUGGUAUCGGUGGUACCACCCAUCAGAGGAGAGCCAGCGACAUCGACGUGCCGAUAGUGCACGAGUUCAGCACCAACAGCGACAAGAGGAACGGGUUCGCCAAGGACUCUUCAAGGCCCACGUCCUUGCAUAGCCAUUUCAAGCCUACAAAGUUCACGCCCGGCGCGAAGACAGUCAAGUGGGAGCCCACCUCGGAAAGUGAGUUUUCCGAGGCCGAGGACUCGAGGAACAGGAAGAACCUGGGACCCCCCAGCGUGGUGAUCCCUUCGGGGAGGUGGGACCAGACCACCCCGAGUCCUCUUUCUUUGAGCCCCAGCUUGCCCAGCCUCUCUCCCAGACACAGCUCGAUCGGACCUCCCAGCAACAUUGAGUCUUCAGGGUCUCCCUGGCCCACCAACGGCAGGGCGACGACGCCGACAGGGAACCGGGAGGUGAUUCAGCCCUACCUGGACGUCCAGCCGAAGAAGGCCCCCAUUUUCAUCGCGCCCCUGAGGGACAUCGCCGUGGUGAACGGGCAGACCGCGAGAUUCGAGUGCAUCGUGCAGGCAGAGCCGCAGCCCAACAUCCUGUGGUCCAAGGACGGCAGGAUAAUCGAGAACUCGAUCGACAACGAGAUCCACUACAGGAACGGAGUGUGUCGCCUGACCAUUCCUCGAGCCCAUCCCGAGGAUGCAGGUGCAUACAGCUGCACCGCGACCAACAGCCUCGGUUCCACCGGGACCUCGGCGACCCUCCUGGUUCCAGGUAACAGAAGGUCGAUUUACAAAGCUUAGGGAGUGGACCUCCUUGGCAGUCCUGUGCUUUGGGAGCCGAAAAGGUGGCGGGUCUUUCCUCGUGAUCGCGCCCCUCGAGGUGUAGCUCGAUGCACUUCCGGUGCGCCGUCGAUGCACCACCAGUAGCGAGGCCUAUACGAGAGCUUUCUCGGAACGAAAUGCAUUUCUCCCGCGGUCCUGGGAAUCGCGCUUUCGCAAGGUACCAUUUUCCUCGGCCCCUCCCCGCGGAAGCUCCCCAGAAUUUCGGCGUCCCUUUCUUCCCUUCCCUCGCUUGGUUUAAUCGACCCAUCGGUCCCUCUUCAGCUUCUCGCCAUUUCGGGGUGGUGGACGCGGCUAUUUCCUUUCUCUGUUUUAUUUUUUUUUUCCCCCUUUAAUUCGACGCUCUCGAAGAGGACGCCCUCGGUGGAGGGAGUCGAGAUCCCGAAGAAGAGGUCGAAGAGCAAGGAUUUCCGGUUUUGGAUUUUCGGAUUUCCGAGCUUGCGGUGUCGGGGCUCGAUUAAUGCUCGGUGCGGUUUGUUUGACCUGUCAGUUGCAGUUGCCGUCGAUGGAGAGACGUAUAACCCUGCUGUGUUACCACUGUUAUCACCGCCAUUGCUAUCGUGUAAAUAAAUCUAUCUGCUUCCUUCGCAUA